AUGAUUCUAACCAAGCACAGCAGGAAAGUGGCCUCGCUGCGCCACUACUACAGCGUGUGGGUGGGAUACAACAAGAAUGUGCAGCAGGCGGGGAAUUUCAAGAACAGCCUGAACUGUCUGUUCAAGCCAAAGAGCAUCGGUGUGAUCGGAGCGACGGAGAGAGUCGGCUCCGUAGGAAACUCGAUCGUCAAGAAUCUCAUGAAAGGAGAAGGAACGUACAAAUUAUACUUUGUUAACAGAAAGGGAGGGAAGGUGUACGAUCGAGAUAGCUACAAAACGGUUGGAGACAUUCCUGAGCAAAAUAUCGACCUGGCAGUGAUAGCCGUUCCAAGGAACCACGUGCUAGGAGUCAUGAAAGAUUUGAGUGGGAAAAAUGUAAAAGCCGUAGUAAUCGUAACUGCUGGGUUUAGAGAAACGGGUUCAGAAGGAAUAAAGCUAGAAGAGCAAAUCGUAGAUGUAGCGAAGAAGAAUGCGAUCCGAAUUAUAGGACCAAACUGUCUAGGAAUUAUCCACUCGUAUCACAAUAUGAAUGCUUCCUUUGCUGACAAUGAGAUAUUGAAAGGGAAUUUUUCUUUGCUAUCCCAGAGCGGAGCGAUCUGUUCGGCUGCCCUAGACAUGUCUCUACAACACAACAUCGGAUUUUCUCACUUCAUUUCGGUGGGUUCUAUGUGCGAUGUGCAAUUUUACGAAUUAGUGGAGUAUCUCUUUUACGAUGAGAACACAAAGUAUAUCCUACUGUACGUAGAAUCCAUCGGAGAUAUGAACAAAUUUGUAGCCGUCUGUAGGAAGGUCUGUCUGUACAAACCUAUUAUCCUUUUGAAGAGCGGAAAAACAGCCAAAGCAGCAGAGGCAGCCAUUUCACACACGGGUUCUAUGGUAGGAAAUUACGAAAUAUUCUAUGCAUCUAUGAAAAAAUUAGGAGUUCUAGUGGUAGAUAAUUUCGAAGAAUUAUUCAAUAUGUGUAAAAUACUUAACCUUUCCAGUUAUCCAGAGACGAAUGAAGUAUGCGUGGUGACCAAUGCAGGAGGGCCAGGGGUCCUUCUCGUCGAUAACAUUAUGAAGAAUGAUGGGAAGUUAUCCGAUCUCAAUGCCGAUUUGAAGAAAAAGCUAGAUGCAUUUCUACCCCCUUCGUGGAGUAAGGCAAACCCGGUAGACAUGCUUGGAGAUGCUUCCCCAUUGAUGUAUAAAAAAACGAUCGAAGCCCUACUAAAAGAUGAGCAAUUUAAGAAUAUCAUAAUUCUACUCUCUCCACAGAGUGUUACUGAACCUAUGAACACUGCAAAGGAGAUCAUCAACGUGAAGGAAGACAUAGCGAAGCAGGGAAGACUCAUCCUAUGUAACUACCUCGGAGGGGUAUCCCUGGAGGAAUCGACGAACCUUCUAAAUAAGAACAGCAUCCCCACAUUUGUUCACCCUGAGCAUUCCGCACAGAAUUUGCUUAAGCUGUAUAAAAAUAUCAUCCACAUUCAGAAUCUGUAUGAGGAAAUUCCGCCCUUCUUGGCAGAUGCAGAACAGAAUCAUUAUGUGAAUGGGAUCAUUUAUAAGCACCACUUUGGGAGCACAGUGAAGGGGGGGUACUCACCAGUGGGCCAAAAGGAAGGAGGCAGAAUACAGCAGAGGAGCAGGGCUACCCCAGAAGGGAUAAUCCAAAACGCAUUGAAAGAGCAGAAGUACAUUUUAAAUGAAUUUGACUCGAAGGAGAUUCUUCAAACCUACGACAUACCAACCGUUCCAACAGAGGUCUUUCACACCCUGGAAGAAAUAGAAAGUAAUAUUGCCAAUGUCAGCUUUCCGUGUGCAAUGAAAAUAUACUCAGAUACGAUUACGCAUAAGAAGGACAUCGGGGGAGUGAUCCUAAACAUAAACUCUAAGGAAGAACUCAUCCAAUCGUAUAAAGCCAUUCAUGAGAGCGUAAAAAGGCAUAACCUAGAAAGUGAAUUCAAAGGAGUCACCAUCCAGACCAUGAUAAACACGAAUGACGGAAUUGAGUUAAUCUUAGGCUACUAUUUUGAUGCGAAUUUUGGACCCGUUUUGCUGUUCGGCUCAGGGGGGUCCUACGUAGAGAUAUUUAAAGACAAUGUUUUGCUCAUCCCCCCUCUGACUUAUUCGUAUACCCACCACCUGAUGAAGGAGACAAAGAUUUAUCAUGCGUUGUUGGGAAAAUCUUCCAGGUUUAAGAAGUGUGAUAUACCAAGGCUGAUCAGCAAGAUUAUUAACUUUUCGGACCUCAUUCUGGAUCUCCUUCCCUACAUCAACGAGUGUGAUAUUAACCCAUUGUUCGUUUCGGGCAGUGAGAUCGUCGCGUUGGACGCUAGGUUCACUCUCCGCAAAGAUCUGACCGCGGAUUCGUUCCAGUCUGCCAAGAGGAACCCCCUCUACAGCAGCUUUGCGAAGAGGUACCCAGUCGAGAUGGUCUUCUUUGAUGGGGAAAGCAGCAAAAAGGGAGAAGCAUCCCAGACACAGGAAGAGAAGCCGCUGCAGCAGACGCAGCAGCAGACGCAGCUACACCCGGAGGAACCGCAACAGAAGGAGGUCCCCUCCUAUGAGGAAGCUACCCCACCAGUGCACCUCCCCAACGAGUUCGCUUCCAUCACUAGGUGCAUCCACCCCUACGAUGUGAAAUUUAUGCACGCCUUCCUCCAAAACAACGCCAAAGAGUUACACAAGAGUACCUUCUUCUUCACCACGGAGGAAAGCAUCAAGACGAAGCUCUUCGCCUACGAGCUAUGCAAUGCGGACUACGACGUCUACAAUGUCAUUCUGCACUUGCAGAAUAACAAAGUUACUGGAUUGAUCAAAACAGAGAAGAAACAACACUCCAACCACUGCUAUACUUAUGCAACCGAUGCAGCCACGUUUACUCACUUGAUUCAGAAGCUACAUGCUUUUUCGAGCAGGCAAAAUUGCACGUCCAACUUUGUCUACCUUAAGAAGGAUUCCCCCUUUGUGGAGAAGCUCAAAUCCAUGUCCUACGUCCUGGACUACGAACAGGGGGAUAUACUCUGCUACGUCGGCGCUACCCAAACGGGCCAGUGA